AUGAGACCUUUAAUUUCCAUCGUCUUAUUCGCAGUAUUGAUUCUAAAUGUUUUGUUUAAGCCCGCGUACUCGGCGGGUAUACCAAUCAAAUAUUCCAAUGGGCCGAUCAUGUCCGGUCCUAUUCCUUUGUACAUAGUAUAUUACGGAAACCAAUGGCAUUCCUUCAAUCAAAAGGUCAUCGAAUCCUUUCUUAACGGGGUUAGCGAAACUAGUUAUUGGGACAUAGCAAAGGAAUACACCGGUUUUGUAGAUGAAAGUCAUACGGAGAAAGGCAAGGUUACCGGACCGGUAAAAGUUGCCAAGACUGUGACUAUGAAUGCCACCCUAGGAGUAAAUUUAAUCUAUCAAAAUUUGGUUACCAUUAUCAAUAACCAAAUUAACAAUGGUCUAUUUCCCGAAGAUGAUCAAGGAAUUUACUACGUUUUGACAUCAAAAGAAGUGGCAUAUGAAGAUUCUGAACGAACCUUUUGUGGUUCCAUGUGCGGAUAUCACUUUUAUUUCCCCACCUCUGAUGGUAAAAAAAUAUUAAAAUAUUCUUUUGUCGGUGCUCCAGACCAUUGUCCAGCGGUUUGCGUUCGCCCACAAAUCGAUCCGAGUUUAAAUUCAACAAUAGUUAGAACCCCUAACGGAGACUCCCUUGAUUCAAUGAUAAGCGUGAUCUCACAUGAAUUGUUCGAAACAGUAACGGAUCCAUUGGUGAACUUUGAUAGUGCUUGGUUCGAUUCAGAAGGAAAUGAAAAUGCAGAUAAAUGUAUAGCAUUUUAUCAACCUCUUCAAAAUGAAUACGGUGCGUCCUACAAUCUCAAGAUCGGAAGUGAUCUAUUCCUUGUGCAGCAGAUAUGGAAUCCUAGCACACAACG